CAUCAGUUUUUUAAAACAUUACCAAAGCCUAACUUUGGUUGCCAACCCGCCUGCCAAGCAUGACAACUGCUGACAAAAGUUCCCUUUAUAGGGCAAGCCCAUGUUUUUGAUUGUUCUUGAUUACAAUGUAAUAUUAUAAUAUUUACCUUUCAGAUCUUCACAAAAUCUAAAACUUAAAGCAAUACCUGCCACCGAUGUGAUCAUGGAACUGACACAUGGUCACACUCAGCAAACGAUAGUGAGGACAAUGCUUGGAGUUUCGGAGAACACGAAUAUCUCGACAGCGACGAGGCCGCGGCGUGACGGAGGCGGAACGUGGGCGAUGCGGCGGCGGCGCGGCGGCGCGGCAGCGCGGCGUCACAGCGUCUCCCACGAGGCCGCGGGCGCGCCAUCUGCCGCGCACAUGUCGUGUGACGUCACCAGCGUGCGAAUUCGCACCACAUCCGCCGCCGCCGCCGCCGCUGCCGCCGCCGCCGCUACGACACAGGCCGCUCCGCGUGCUCUCACGUUGCUGAAGAGAGCUGUGUGCACAUUACUAAUCAGAUUUCUAUUAAAUUGUCAACAUUUGCACAUGAUUGUGCAUUCGUCGGAUGUAUUAAAAAACGAUUCCUUGGUCGCAGAUGUGCUCCUUGGACUGUGCAGUAGGCGGCGGAGGUAAGUAGACGGCGACAUCCGUGUAGGUAGCUAGCAGCUAGCAACUACAUACCGCGCAUCACCUGGCCACAUUGCGCGUCGAACAAUCUGCAUACAUUAUUAUGUACACACGUGUUAACCCACUCUGACUAAAUGAUAGGGCUACCACAUGCGAGCACUAGCCAACUCCACGAGGUAUCGUUCAUUCUUAAUACUAUGUCUAAUAUAUACGGAGGCGAGGGAGAGGAUUGUUAGUAACAGACUAGCAUUCCCUUUGCCAGUAAUAUACCCUGCCAGAUCGACUUUCACACACUAAUCCAAGAAAGCAUUGUGAAUUCCUGCUAAAUUCGCCACGAUGGACCACUUUGAAUCAACUAACCUGAAUUUAUCCUCAACCAAUAUCCCUCAGAAGUGGGUGCGAGUGACUCAGAACCAUACUUUAUGAAGCAGAGCUAUGUUCAGAAGUGGACAAUGGAUGAGUCGUAAUGAAUAAAUGAUUCACCCUCGAACGGACAAAUUUUCAUUAGUUUAAACGUCGAUUUCGGCAGUAACUUGACCGCGCUGCUCGUUACCUACCGUAUUUUACAUAAAUUAGCUCAACAGCACAGUCAUUCGACUGUGUUAUUUAUUUAGGACGGCCAUGUGAAAAUAUAGACUGCACCAUUCUCAAUGUUAGUUUAACCAUUACGUACCGUCAUUCCAGCGUCGACGCGCCGCGUCCCUCGCCGGCACCACUUCACUACCGAAAGCUUUUUAUUCAAUAGUUUAUUUUAGAAACAAAUUGGGAACUCAACAGCUUUGAACCGAUCUCACACUGUGUCGUCUAGAUAACGCAUUGUAAGACGAGCUGGCGUCUACGGGAUCUGUAUACUCGACUCCAACCUCGAACAAAGUGAUUAAUGCAGCGAGAGGCGCCCUUCCGAUAAUGCUCAGACACAAAGGAAUAGUUCUGAUCCGGCUACACGAAAUCAGUCGCUAUUACUAUUGGGAAGAGGUUGGUGUUUGACUGCUGUGUUGUUGCCUACAAUUAGUGGUGUAGUGGCCCAUCAUCCCAUCAGCCGCUCGGCGACGUGUCACGUUAAUGUACCGUCGCGAUCGGGGCCCAACCCGGCCGAAGCCGCGACGGUCUGGUUUCUGGGCCACGCACUCAUCCGCCCCACUACGUCAGUGUCAACCCGUCUGUCUCCGUGUGACAAGGCUUAAAUUUAGCGAUUGUUGUUGUUAUUCAUUGCUUAACACUUGAAUAGGGUUGUCAAGCAUGUAUUAGAAUUUUCUUGUAAUCUCUAUUGUAACAUCAUAAAAAUGCUCUCUAACCCUCGACACAGAUGACCUCGAUAGUACAUACAUUGUUAGGUAACAGCAAUAUUUUUUUACCUAGUAUAGAUGGUAAAAAUCUCUAUGAACUUUUUAUUUUUAUUUACAGAUACAUUUAAGAUAAACAAAUCAAGUCAGUAUCUAUGAUUAAGAGCCAUAGCAAUUAAGUGA